ACUUCGCCUGUAGUAGUGGUCAUUUCUAGGGGGAUGGGUAAGAGGGUGUGGGUUAUUGUCGGGGCUCAGGGUUACUCCUCCAUCCUAACCGAUCCACACUGAGUAAGGACUGCCUAUUUCACUGAGAGCCACGGCUGCUCCUGAAAGCUCAGGAUGCCUCUGUUCACUGCAGCCCUGAUCAAAAGUUCCUCCCUCCCUCCCUGCAGGUUAUAAGACCCUCCUCAAGUGCCUGUCAGGUAAAUUCUGCCGCAGGGAGCUAAUUGGCAUCAUGGGCCCCUCAGGGGCUGGCAAGUCCACGUUCAUGAACAUCUUGGCAGGAUACAGGGAGUCCGGAAUGAAGGGGCAGAUCCUGGUCAACGGGAGGCCGCGGGAGCUGAGGACCUUCCGCAAGAUGUCCUGUUACAUCAUGCAGGACGACAUGCUGCUCCCACACCUCACAGUGUGGGAGGCGAUGAUGGUCUCUGCUAACCUGAAGCUGAGUGAGAAGAAAGAGGUGAAGAAGGAGCUGGUGACAGAGAUCCUGACAGCCUUGGGCCUGAUGUCCUGCUCCCACACGAGGACAGCCCUUCUCUCUGGUGGGCAGAGGAAGCGCCUGGCCAUCGCCCUGGAGCUGGUCAACAACCCACCUGUCAUGUUCUUUGAUGAGCCCACCAGUGGUCUGGACAGCGCCUCCUGUUUCCAAGUGGUGUCCCUCAUGAAGUCCCUGGCCCAGGGAGGCCGUACCAUCAUCUGCACCAUCCACCAGCCCAGUGCCAAGCUCUUUGAGAUGUUUGACAAGCUCUACAUCCUGAGCCAGGGCCAGUGUAUCUUCAAGGGCAUGGUCACCAAGCUGAUCCCCUAUUUGAAGGGCCUUGGCUUGCACUGCCCCACCUACCACAACCCAGCUGACUUCAUCAUUGAGGUGGCCUCUGGCGAGUAUGGAGACCUGAACCCCAUGCUGUUCAGGGCUGUGCAGAAUGGGCUGUGUGCCGUGGCGGAGAGGAAGAGCAGCCUGGAGAAGAAUGAGUCCCCUGCCCCCUGCCCCCCUUGCCCUCCGGAAGUGGAUCCCAUUGAAAGCCACACCUUUGCCACCAGCACGCUCACACAGUUCUGCAUCCUCUCCAAGAGGACCUUCUUGUCCAUCCUCAGGGACACGGUCCUGACCCACCUGCGGUUUGUGUCCCAUGUGGUGAUUGGUGUUCUCAUUGGUCUCCUCUACCUGCACAUUGGCGAUGACGCCAGCAAGGUCUUCAACAACACCGGCUGCCUCUUCUUCUCCAUGCUGUUCCUCAUGUUCGCUGCCCUUAUGCCAACUGUGCUUACCUUUCCCUUAGAGAUGGCAGUCUUCAUGAGGGAGCAUCUCAACUACUGGUACAGCCUCAAAGCGUAUUACCUGGCCAAGACCAUGGCCGAUGUGCCCUUUCAGGUGGUGUGCCCAGCGGUGUACUGCAGCAUCGUGUACUGGAUGACAGGCCAGCCAGCUGAGACCAGCCGCUUCCUACUCUUCUCAGCCCUGGCCACUGCCACAGCCUUGGUGGCCCAGUCUUUGGGGCUGCUCAUUGGAGCCGCCUCCAACUCUCUCCAGGUGGCCACGUUUGUGGGCCCGGUUACCGCCAUCCCUGUCCUCUUGUUCUCGGGUUUCUUUGUCAGCUUCAAGACCAUCCCCACUUACCUGCAAUGGAGCUCCUACCUCUCCUAUGUCAGGUACGGCUUUGAGGGUGUGAUUCUGACCAUCUACGGCAUGGAGCGAGGAGACCUGGCCUGCUCGGAGGAGCGCUGCCCUUUCCGGGAGCCACAGAGUAUACUCCGGGCGCUGGAUGUGGAGGAUGCCAAGCUCUACAUGGACUUCCUGGUCUUGGGCAUCUUCUUCCUGGCCCUGCGGCUGCUGGCAUACCUUGUGCUCCGGUACCGGGUCAAGUCGGAGAGAUAGAGCCCUGCCCUGGCCUGUGCCCAGCCCCCGCAGCAGGAAGCCCCCAGCUCCAGCCCUUCGGGACUGUUUUAACCUUGUAGACCUGGGCACUGGUUGCUGGUGCAGCUGCCCCCCCUCUUUCAGCUCCUCCACAGGCUGGGGGGCUGGCUGUGCUCCCAGCCUUGGCCCUUGGAAUGGGGGCUGCAGCCCUCCACGCUGUGCCCAGGAGUCUUCCCAAGUUGAUGUGGUUUGUAGCUUCCUCCCUUCUCUCUCCAACACCUGCAUGCAAAGACCACUUGGAGGCUAGUACCUGUCUUCCUGCCCUCGGCACCCUCCUCUGUUGUCUGCCUGAGAGCCCAGGCUCCCCAGGCCCCCACUUACAACUGACCAAAGUGGCCCCCUUUGGGGGUUCCAACCACACAAGUGUUUGUAAACUGAGCUGUUAUAAGGUUGGGGCUCCAGGGCUGGGCCUGAUGGGGUCCCUGGAAGUCCCAUUUGGAUGCUGGAAUGGAGCAGGGAAGGACUCUGGAAGUCUCUUCCUCCUCCUAUGCCCCCACCCCGCCAGAGCCUCAUUAAUUUGGACAAUCUGCUGGGACAGAAGCUGGGUUUUCUGUCUGGGUCAUCCUCCCAAUCCUGGGGAUUGGAGCAGCCUGGGGCCAUGGGAUGCCCCUUCCCCCUUCCCAUCACCUUUGGUGGGAGUAGGGCCUGGUGGCACCUCUGCAAUAAUGUCUCCGUUUCUCUCUCACCUGCCACUGGAACUGGAGAGUGCACUUUAUUCUGGGGGGUGAGUGGGAGAAGACCCAGGCCUCCUUUCUCCCUGCAGCAGCGCCUGCAACGUUCCCUCCCCUCUCAGGAGUUACAGGCACAUACAUGCUAUCUCAGCCCUACACACCCUUGCUGUCCCUGAUGGCUCAGAGGAAGAGUGAUGGUGGCAGGGUGGGGGUGGGUGCUGCAGGGAGGGCAGUGCCAAUCUCCUCCUGGGGUUCCUGCUUUGACUGUAAGGAUGUUGUCCAGGGCAUCUUCUGGAUCUGUUGGUGUCUCCCCACCCCAGUCUUCCCUUCCUCCCAAGCCAGGGGUGGCGCAGGGCAUUAGUUCCCUGGAGUUCAGGACCUAACACAAGCACAAGCAUGGGCAUAAGUUGGCCUUGGCCACUGCCACCUCAUGGCCCUUCUUUUGUGUGUCAAGCUGGCGUUGUCACUCUUCCACCCCCUCCCCAGCCAUUUGUUGCUCAUUCAAACUCUUGUCCAUGUCUCUCUACCCCUUCCCAUCAGCCAAGGUGGGCCCUGGGCAUGCCCUGGGCACCAGGAUGACAGACACACCUGGAGCAUGUCUGGCUUUCCUGGUGGGUCCAGGCUCAUUCCACUUCUGAUUUCCCUUUCCCUAGGACUCUUUCCCUUAUUUAUUACUAUGCAUAUACCUCUCUCCCUUCCCUCACCCUGCCACAGAUCCUCCCCAUCACACAGAGAUGCCAGUGCAAUUUGUGGGAUUUCACCCAUUAUUAAUAAAACCUAUAUUUAUACAGUAUGCAGUGUGUA